AGUGCUUGGUGCGCGCCGCCGCCCCUCUGGCCCAGCUCACCCACCGGCCCUCCCUACCCUGCUUGGAGCUCUCUCAUCGCCCCCACUCCUUCUCCUAUCCUCUGCCUGGCUGCCCGGUGCGCGGUGCGCGACGAUUGCGGCCUGACAAUCAGGUCACGGUUGUCGUAGCGCUCGAAGGUGGCGCGCCUGGCGCGGGCGUGAGGCCAGACUUGGUGCGGCGGGGUGUUGGGGGGCGGGCAACGGCGGAGCCCCUAAAGGAGAGCAGGGCAGGGGGGUACCGAGGAAAGUGAGAGGCUGCAUCUGAGGGAGCACUAUGGCAGAUGGAGUUCUGGAAGGGGUACCCGAAUGCAGUCUACUCAGUCCGAGACCCUGCACAGAGCUCAGAUGCUAUAGUAGCAGAGGAGAAGGCCGCGAACCUUGCCAACAAGAUACAGCAGGAACAGAAGGUGCUGGUCCAAGGCAUAAGUCCAAGUGGGAGUCUGGCUCCACCCUCAUGACAGGAGUCUUCCCUGGCACCAAGGAGGAGACAGAAAUGUUCAUGCCUGAAGACUUGCUUCCUGGAAGCCAUGGGCAAAGUCAAGAGCACCUGGUGAUAGCAGAAAUAACAGAGCAUGGAUCCCGGUCCCUGGGUGUCUCUCCACGGCAACAAAAGUUGGGUUCAAAAGCUCCUGGCUCUGCUGCAGGCCAACCAGUUUGGAAUAUGACUGCCACUCGACCCAAGAAGGGUACUCAGCUGCCAAUGCCCAGAAUAUCAAGAGAACCAGUCCAUGGGGAUGUUCAUCCCCAGGAACAUCCUGGUGGCUUCCAAGGCAUGAGAUUCCAUUAUGAGCGCAACUCAGAAGCAGAUAUAAUUGCAGAGAUGGGCCCAAAAGAACCAAAUGGACUGGAGAUGGAACUCAUGAGAAGACAGCUGCGUGAGAUCAAUGGGCGUCUCUGUGCCUUGGAGGACCAGGCAGCCAUCAGUCGCCAGAGAGAAGCUGUGUUCCUCACCAUGGUAUUGUCAGCCUGUAUUGCCAACCUGUGGCUGUGGAUGCGCCAGUGAUGCUUCACCUGCCAUCCUGCUGAAAGAGCUCUCUCCUCUUCUUUUCUUUUCUUCCUUUGGACCACCCUUUUUCUUCCUCCUUCUGUUUCCCAGCAAGCAACCAGCAGCUGCAGGGCCAUUUUCCAACUCUGGUUGGAUCCCCUGCUGUGGAAGGCCUUAGCUGCUGGAGAGGUUCAGAAAGAUCUGAAUGGGCCGAGAUGCAGCCCUUUGGAGGUUGAGGAGUGUGGCAUAUGGUCUUCACAGUAACAUCAGUGUCAAGUACUUCCUGCCUGUCCAUCAGGACUCCAUGGUGACCAUCUCAUCUCUUCUGUUCCAUCCUAUAUGGCAGGGUCUUGGCUGUAUCUUCCUGUUUUCUUCCAUGUUGUGCACAGAGCUCUGCACAGAGAAAAUGCUCAAUAAAGGUUCCCUGA